AUGGCAGGGAUAAUAAGCGCUGUCCUCCAGGUCACAUUGAUAACUAUUGUAAGUGUGGAAUUCAUCAUAGGAAGCUUAGGAAAUGCAUUCAUGGCAGUGGUGAACAUCGUGGACUGGGUGAAGAGAGGAAAGAUCUCUCCUGUGGAUCAAAUUCUCACUGGUCUGGCCAUCUCCAGAACUGCUUUUUUGUUUAUAUUAAUUACAAGUUUGUUGGAAACAUUACUGGGCCCAGCAUCAGUGGAAAAGAGAAUGAUAAUGCAUACCAUUUCCUGGACAGUGACCAAUCACUUCAGUGUCUGGCUUGCUACAUGCCUCAGCAUCUUUUAUUUUCUCAAGAUAGUCAAUUUCUCAAACUCUGUUUUUCUUGCCCUCAAACGGAAAGCAAAAAAAGUUGUUUCAAUGACACUGGUGGUGUCUCUGAUAAUCUUGUUUUUAAACAUUAUAGUCAUAAUAUUACUCUGUGAUAGACCUAAAGUAAACACACCUUACUGGUCUAGUUCAAAUAACACUUUAAAAGUUUAUGAGCUAUUUUUAUUUACCAAUACUAUGUUCACACUCAUCCCUUUCACUGUGACCCUGAUUACUUUCCUCCUGCUCAUCUUCUCCCUGUGGAGACAUCUGAGGAACAUGCAGUACAAUGUUGAAGGAUUCCAAGAUGUCAGCACUGCGGCUCACAUAAAGUCCCUGCAAAGCGUAGUCACCUUCCUUUUACUAUAUACCGUUUUUGUUAUGUCACUUUUUUUACAGACUUGGAAUAUUAGCUUUCAACAAAAAAAACUUAUUGUUAUGGUUUUACGGAGUACAGGAGUAGCCUUUCCCUCAGUCCACUCAUGUGUCUUGAUUCUGGGAAAUGGUAAACUGAGGCAGGCCUCUCUUUCGAUGCUAUGGUGGCUGAGGUGUAAAUACAAAUAUACAGAGAAUUGA